AAGAAAAUGACAAUGUGGCACAUCAGCGGUCUUGUGUAGUUCCCGGAGUCACCGCCAGAGGAAGCACGUGGUCGGUCGUCGUCGAAGCAGGCAGGCGGAAGACCGACAUUUUUCAUGGUUUUAUAAGUGUAGAAGAAGUAAGGAAGUAAGGUGUAAACAUGGCGAGGGUGUAUGUUGGAGGUUUGCACUAUAACUGUCGUGAAAGAGACCUGGAAAGGUUUUUCAAGAGGUAUGGCAGACUUCGUGAUUGCCUUAUCAAAAAUGGAUAUGGCUUUGUGGAGUUUGAAGAUGAGAGAGAUGCAGAUGAUGCUGUCUAUGAAAUGAAUGGAAGAGAAUUGUUAGGAGAAAGGGUGACUGUAGAACAUGCCCGUGGACUUCCAAGAAGGGGUGGUUAUGGAUUUGGUGGUGGUGGCGGCGGUCGAGAUCGUGACCGAGAUCGUCGACCAGCUUGGCUUGACAGAGCGAGUUGGAGUAAGCCAAGUGACCUUCACCGCAGGUACGGCCCCCCAACGAGGACACCUUACAGGGUCAUUGUUGAAAAUCUGUCAUCUCGCAUCAGCUGGCAGGAUCUCAAGGAUUACAUGCGCAAAGCAGGAGAAAUUACCUUUGCAGAUGCCCACAAGCACCGUCGCUAUGAAGGUGUUGUAGAGUUUGCCACCCGGUCUGACAUGAAGAGGGCCAUUGAGAAGUUAGACGAUACUGAACUGAAUGGAAGGAGAAUUAGGCUGAUUGAGGAUCGACAACACUCCCGUUCCCGCUCAAGAUCUCGCAGGCGAUCUCGUUCUCGUUCACGAUCCCGCAGGUCAUAUUCAAGGUCAAGAUCAAGAGGUAGGAGCCGUUCUCGUUCAAGGUCAAGGAGAUCAAGAACUAAGUCACGAUCAAGAUCCAGGUCUAAGGAUUCUCGGUCACGGUCACGUUCCCGAUCCCGUUCAAGGUCCCCUCGCUCACGUUCUAGGUCAAAGUCUCGAUCUAGGUCCAGGUCAAAGUCUGUAGAAAGAAAGAGGUCAAGAUCAGGUGGAAGAGACAGCCGUUCACGAUCAGGCUCUAGAAAGAUGUCAGAAGAGCCAUUAGAUAAGCCUAAGGAAAUGGAGACAGCUCGUUCUCGCAGCAGAUCUCACAGUAGAUCACGAUCUAGAUCUCGCAGCCCAAUAGAUAACAAGAAGGAAACUUCACGAUCUCGAUCCCGCUCACGGUCAAGGUCACGAUCUCGAUCACCCUCUGCUUCACCACGUAGACGUGACAGUCGCUCUGGAUCUCGUUCAAGGUCACCCCAGGAAAAUGGACAUGACCAUCCUGAGGAUGAAUAAUGAGUAUGGUCAUUAUGUAUAGACACAAAAUAUUUAGUUUAGACCAGUGUUCCUAAUGAAGCACAUCUUGGCCAGAUAAUAUUGUUGAAGAAAUUUGCUAAGAGUAUUUCAACAAUGACAGUAAUAUUAAGAUUUUGUUAGUGUCUUUGUUGAUAAGUGUUUGUAUUAGAUAUGUAUAUAUUUUUUGUAUGUCUUGUAUGUCUGUCUGUAUGCAUAUUUGUAUGUAUUAGUUAUAUAUAUAUAUUUAAUACAGACACUUAAAAACAUUUUACUCUUUGCCAUAGUUCUUCUAAGGGAACACUUGCAUAUUGGCAUUUUUAGAAAAAAUGUUUUUACAAAAAAUAAAAAUAAAAAUAAUAAAAUUGAAACCAUGGAAUCAGGAUAUAGCAUUGAAAAUUGUAUUUUAUGCACUAAUGCUAUUUUACAUUUCGUUAUGCUUCUAUGUAUAAGAAAGGUUUUUUGGAGUAUGUGAACUAAAUGGGUUAUUUUUUUGUGAAACACCCACGCUGGUCACAAUAUUAGAUGGUAAGUCCAGUGGCACUGGGUAGAUAUGCUGUAAACAAUUCAGAGUAUUAUCAGUACUUUGGAGUAGGUCAUGCUUGGUUGUUAAUUGAGCUCUCCUUUCAAACUAUCUGCCUUUUUCAGUAGAUAUGGAGAUGGAUAAUUUUACUUGAAUAUUAGUAUGUUUAUAUCAAGAAUUUUGUACCAUCAUUUUCUUGAGUUUUCUUCCUUGUUCUCUUUAUGAUUUUGAAAAGAAAAGGAGAAAGUUGUGGGGAUUUGUUUUUUAUAAUUUUCCCCAUAUUUAGGUUCAUAUAUGCUGUGGUGUACUGUGGUUUGUUCAAGAUAGUACAAAGAAACAUCUUUUGGACACAAUAAGUUCUUGUGUUAAGAUUUGAUGGUGAAUAUAUUGUAUUCCCUUAUGACCCACAUACAUUAUUUAGGGAGUUGAGAUUCUUGGUAGAUUGUCGUUGUUAUUCAAAAUUUAUUAAGUGCCUUUGUUUAAAAAUGAUUAUCUCAUGCAUUGAGAUGAAACCAAAUAUUAGCACCAUGCAUCAUGCUCUUAAAAAUUCCUGGUUGUCUUUAUAACUAAAACCUUUUUGUGGUGUGAAAAGGGGUGUGCUUACAACUCGCCAUGAGUGUAUAAUGUAAGCAAUUAUGAAGUUGCUACUUUUGUCUAGAUUUAUGAUUGUAUGUAUAGGGAUUUUUUUAGAAAGUGAUUGACACUGGAGAUUAUUAUAUGAUUUUGUAAUUAUUGCAUAUUCUAGCAUUGUUUUACCAAGGGUAUAUCAUACAGUGUAUGGAGAAACUUGUGUUUGAUAGGCAGGUAACCAAGUGUUUCAACUCCAGUUGUCAUUAUACAAUAAGAUUCUCGUGUAGCCAUUGAUAUAUGGCAAUUUUGAACUGAAAUAAAAUAGAUGUUACCAAA